CGGAACGGGAAACUAAUAAACAUGUCAGUGAUGAUCUGAAGAUUUAUAAGAUUGUUUUGUUGCUUGAUGACUUUGUAAUCGGUUGUGUUGAAGUUAAAACACAGCUUAUUGAAGACAGUUGUAGGUUUAUUUAGAAAUAAUAUCGUUUAUAUUACUGUAAAAUGAAUUUAGCCGAGAAAAACCCUUAUGGUAAUGGCCUUGUUUAUGCUGGGUUCAAUCAAGACCAAGGCUGCUUUGUGUGUGGAACUGAAAAUGGCUUCCGUGUUUUCAACUGUGAACCUCUGAGAGAAAAAGAAAGACAAGAUUUCCCUGAUGGAGGCAUUGGUCAUGUUGAAAUGCUCUUCCGCUGCAACUACCUUGCUCUUGUUGGCGGUGGGCGCAACCCCAAGUUCCCUCCUCAAAAAGUGAUAGUCUGGGAUGACCUAAAGAAAAAAGCUGUGAUUGAGCUGGAGUUUCAAGAAAAAGUAAUUGGAGUUCGACUAAGGCGUGACCGGAUAGUGGUGCUUCUGCUUGACACAAUUCAUGUCUACACAUUCACCUGUACACCUCAGCAUCUCCACACCUUCCCAACUGCUCCUAACCCAAGAGGCAUCUGCGUGCUUUGCCCCAACAGCAGUACAAGUCUGCUGGCAUUCCCUGCGCCCACCACCGGGCAGGUGCAGCUCGUGGACUUGGCCGCUCCCACUCCACAGCGCUCCCCUCUCCCUGCCCACACCACCAGCAUUGCUGCGCUGGCAUUGAGCGUGACGGGAACGCUGCUGGCGACAGCGUCCGUCAAAGGAACACUCAUUAGGAUCUUCUCGACGACCUCUGGCACGCGGCUCACUGAACUCAGGAGGGGAGCGAACCCUGCUAAUAUUUACUGCCUGAACUUCAGCCAGGACAGCAGCCUGGUGUGCGUGUCGAGCGACCACGGCACCGUGCAUGUCUUUGGUAUUGACGACACGCACAAGAACAAACAGAGCAGUUUGGCUGGCACUUCAUUUUUGCCGAAAUACUUCAGCAGCAACUGGAGUUUCAGCAAGUUUGAGGUGCCAGGGGGAGCUCAGUGCCUGUGCGCCUUCAGCCCCCACACCAACGCUGUCAUCGCCGUGUGUGCGGACGGGACGUUCCACAAAUUCAUGCUGAAGAGCAGCGGGGAGUGCGAGCGCGACGCGCACCACCACUUCCUGACCAUGACGGAUCACCACCCGGCGCACGGCUCCUCCUGAGCUGCCAGACCCCAACACCACCCGGCGCACGGCUCCUCCUGAGCUGCCAGACUCCAACACCACCCGGCGCACGGCUCCUCCUGAGCUGCCAGACCCCAACACCACCCGGCGCACGGCUCCUCCUGAGCUGCCAGACCUCAACACCUGCUGCUGCUUCAUUGGCAGAGCAGUUAUGCAGUACUACAACAGUUCAGCAGUUGUGCAGUGCCUCAGCAGUUGUGCAGUGCAGUGCCUCAGCAGUUGUGCAGUGCCACAGCAGUUGUCCUGUGCCGCAGCAGUUGUGCAGUACCUUAGCGCUUGCGCUGUGUCAUUGCAAUUGUGCAGUGCAACAGCUGUUACGGACGAUGUAUAUUCCGUUUUUUUCGGCUUAUAUACAAGAGCAACAGUUACAUGUAAGCCGAACUGUUAUAAGUUUUGCCUGUAUAACAGUCCUUCUUUGACUUAGCGAUCGAUUUUAAGCUGUGCCUGUCGUGUCUAUUUUGAAUUAGAUUUCGAGUUCUGUUGUUGUCGUCUAAUGGAAUUUAUCAGUUUUUUACUUAUUUGUUCACUUUUUCCUGUUGUAUUUCAUGUUCUCUGCGGCGUUCGUAAAGUUUUGUUCAUCAUCCCGAUGAAGUUGUUAAUCUCUGUACACAUUAUUUAGAUUUAUCUUCAGCACAUCCGUAUUUUAAUUUAGCCGUUUUUCAGAAAAGGUGAGGUGCAUUUGAAUUAAGUUAUAGAAAUUUAGUUAAAUUUAUUGGGCCUUCUUAAAUUUGUGCCGUUUACCUAUAGGCUUUAAUACUGAUACCGUUUGUCUAGUUUUCAUUUUAGUCCGAAUGUUCAGUAACUUGUUGCAGUAUCGACAAUUGUCGUUUCAAAGAUGGCUCGAUUUUAAUCAUUUUUUAACGGAAUUUAAAUAUUUACUCAUUAAAUAAAACAGAAUAAGAAAAGAAGUUCAAUUGAUAUCUAUAAUUUGGUCAGAUUUGCAUUUGAUUUUAUGUAACUUAAAGGAUAUUUGGAAAGUAUUGCUUUGAUAACAUUUACGGUUAUUUCGUUGAUGGUUUGGUAAGAUUUGGACUUGGCUUGCUAUCAGCUUGGUAAGAUUUUUUUGCCCUCCGUUUGAUAAGAUUUUUUUUUUCGGUCAUCUUAGUAAGAUUUUUUCUUCGGCCUCAGCUUGGUAAUUUUUUUUCCUGUCGUCGCCUUGGUAAGAUUUUUUUUUCCGUCAGCUUAGUAAGACAUUAUGUUCGCCCUCACCUUGGUAAGAUUUUUUUUGCCGUGAGCUUAGCAAGAUAUUUUUUCGCCCUCAGGUUGGUAAGACUUUUUUUAUUUGUCGUCGGCAUGGUAAGACUUGGAUCUUCAUGUGUCGCCGGUUCGUUUAAGGCGUUCACUGUUCAGUUGUCCCUAAUGUGUUGUGCGUCAGAUACGCGCUGCAUUGCUGUAGCGUGCGUGCCUGUGAGCAGACUGCUGCGGUUUCCGCUUCCACUUUUAUCGGUUAAUUAGGUAUAGCAAAAAGCAAUUCAACCUUCAUAUAAAUCAAAACACAAUGCUGUGGCUGGAUCCAAUUCUUAGUUGAUAUGCUAUUACAGUGUUUCUAAAUUUCUCAUUCACUUCUGUUGAUUUAUGAUAAUUAUGUUUGCUCUUUGCUAAGCUAUUUCACAGAAUAUACAUGUUCCGCAACUCCGGGUUAAUAAGGAUAUUUAUUUUCGUUGAGAAUAUUAUUUUUGGCUGAAGCACCAUUCUUUGAAAACUGCUUUUGGAUUUUCACGUGCUUGGGUUCCAUGAUAUCAACAAGGCUCUACCCUUAUUGCAACGACCCUCACUGACUUGCCAGAGUUGACUUCAAAGAAUUGUUGUCGUAUUGAAUGCAAGUGAGUAAACAAUAGCUAGUUUCACUGUACUUAUGAAGUAUUCUUAUGAGGUAAGGCGGUGAUUUUUUAUAUAUUUAUAGGCUAUACUGCGUAGACCGUUUUAUUCAAUGCUCUAGUGCAGUAGCUAGUAGGCUUAUCAUUUCUUGUGCUCAAACUCAGUGGAACUAUCCACGUCUGCUCCUAUGACUGCCUUUGAUUUAAAAUUUUUGAAGUAAUUUAAUAGGUUUCCUGUAGGCGCGUGUGCGCCAGUACAAGGUUCCCGAGCACGUAUUGUAGCUGCGCUCUUUAUAAGAAGGAAGAAAAUUUCGAUCGAACUUUUUUCCAUUUGGUUUAGAAUUGAAACUUGUGAGCUUAAUAUAUUUUCUCGUAAAUAAAUUGAUAAAAAAAACUGUUGCUGAAAACAUUGUCACGCAUAAAAUUCUUCGUUCUUCAUAUUCUCUUUCAAGUGCGGUCAAUUAAAAUCUGGAGAACGUAACGACGAUAGGUCGUUAUGAAAAGGUAUAUGUAGUUAUAGUUUACGAAUCGAGGCAUUAUUAUUGCUUGAGGCUAAGCGUAAAACGUGCCUUGUAAGAACCUUCGGUAUGCUGGCGCUGCUAGGCUUUCUCACUUAUUUGACGCGCUUAUAAUCUUUCUGUCUCUUAUACUAAAGUUCAAUUCAUCUUGUUUUGUAACAAUAUCGCCAUGUUGUGUUUAAGAUGUAUAGUUUCGUCGUUAUGAGCUAAUUAUUAUCUAAUAUUAUUUAUUACGCGAGAAUUUUCAAUUACCACACUUACCCCAUAUUAUUCAGCUAAUAAUGAACGGGAGCUAUAAAAUUAGGAAAAUGUCUUGUAUCCGACAUUUUUCUGCUCUUGUACGACUAAGGCAAAUAAUUUUUUUUUUUUUUUUGUGUCCACGGCAGCGCAAACCAAACUAUAUAACAAACGAAGCAUAAUGGAAGUAUAACUCGCAAUGAAUUUCUUGCUAAAUUUAGAGUUUAUUUGAGUAACGAUACAGUUAGGAGCAUCUUGGGGCAGCGGGGUGAGUGAAGGCACACUUAUUCCCCUCGGGUGUAAGUCAAGUAGCAACAAGGAUUGACUUGUAGCUGUAGCUCUCUCUGUCGCUACCUACAGCGUCGGCUCAGACCGAAGCUGGAGCUUUGGAUCUUAUGUUGUGGUUCAACUCGCCGUUUGCUAAGAUGCUGAUUUGUUAAUAAAAUACCCGUCAUAU